AUGAUAUCUCAGAGUGGCGAAAGACUUGAGAGUGAGCGAAGAUCAUGUUGCAAAUGUUUUAUAACCCUUUUAUUUUUGUUUAUCCUUUUAUUAAUUUUACGAAAACAAAAGGAAGAAGAUGAGAUAAAAAAUAGAAGUAAAGUUAACUUAAGGCAAAAUGAAAAUUAUAAUAAGGAUUUUUCAUUUGGCUAUAUAAGAGAAAUUAGCUUUUUAAAAUAUGAUUCUGCAAUAUAUAUAUCUCCAAAUAGGAAAAUUUUGCCUAGUAUAACAUACAUUAAUGAUUACACUUUACAUGUAGAAGGGUAUGAUAAUAUCUUACAUAAUUUUGAAAAUUUAUCUAUUAAAAUAAAUGAAAAAAAUAAUAACCUCUACAUUUUUGCAUUAUCAGAUAAUAAAAAUAAAAACUCCAUAUGUAUUAACAAAAGUUAUUCAGAUGACUUUUGUGCAAAAAUUAAUACUGUAUUAGUAGAUAAAUCCUUAUUCAAGAAUAUGAAAAUUCAAAGUUGUGAUGAACAAAAUAGUUUUUGCUUUUUUGUAUUUGUUCAAUUAAAAAAAAAUAAAUGCUAUAACUUUGUAAAUUUGUCAUAUUCUUGUCAUGAGAAUAAUAUGAAAAACCCUAAUAUAUUUUUAAUCAAUAAUUAUUGUUACGUUCUUUUAGCUAGUUCUAAGAUACCAAGUGUUUAUGAGUUUAUUCAAUUUAAUUUAUUAAAAAAUGAAAAUUUUAAUGAAAAUACGAAAACUAAAGAUGUGGAAAUUAUAACUCAUUUUUGUGGUAAUUUAUUAAAUCAAAUUGCAACAAUAGAUUCAGUUAAUUUUAGAUUAUUAUUUGUACAACAGUACAUACAUAUUAAUGAUAAAAAUUUAAAUAACGAAGUUUUAGGAAAUGAGACAAAAUUUAAUAAAGAGAUUAACGAAAGUGAAGAAAAUGAAGAAAAAAAUACUUUUAAUAAGUAUAGAAACAAAGAAUAUAAUAAUAAUACAUUGAAAUUUAAAAUAAAUUAUUAUUUAACUAUAAUAGAUAUGACAUCAGAAAAUAAAGAUAUAAUUGAAUAUGUAGAUUAUAUAAAAGAUAAACAAGAGUUUUCUAUAUUUCCUCCUAUACAUUUAGCUUAUGAUGAACAAACAAAUUUUUAUUACAUAGUUCAAUAUGAAAACAAUGGUUUUCUUAAUUUUAUCUUUAUUUCACCAUCAAAACUAUCCAUUUAUUAUACUUUAAAAAUAAGAGAAUUUUACGCAGGAUGGUUAUUAAAUCCAAACAGUGAGUAUGAUAACAAAGGUUUAAUGCUUUUUGGUGAAUAUGCUCCUUAUGAGGAUGAGCUUCAUAUAUGGAAUAUAAUAAACUUUCAGCAUAAUAGAUAUUUUGUAAGUAUUAUUAAAACAUAUUCAAAUAUUUAA